GGUUGGAGACGUGGCUCUGCUCGGCUGCUCUGCUGCUUUAUGGUCUUUCUAACACUUUAACAACACAUUUCUAAUCAUUUAUUGCGUAUUGUUUUCUUAAUAUUGAAAAUAAUUUCAGCUGGGGAAUUAAGCACUUUGAGACGGCGCGAAAAUGGUGCUCUUGGCAGCUGCAGUGUGCACCAAGUCAGGGAAAGCCAUAGUGUCAAGGCAGUUCGUCGAGAUGACACGUACCCGCAUUGAGGGUCUCUUGGCUGCAUUUCCCAAACUGAUGGGCACAGGAAAGCAGCACACCUUUGUAGAGACUGACAGUGUGCGAUACGUCUAUCAGCCCUUAGAUAAGCUCUACAUGGUUCUGGUCACAACCAAAAACAGUAACAUUUUGGAGGAUUUGGAGACCCUGCGGCUCUUCUCCCGUGUGAUUCCAGAAUACUGCCGUGUGCUGGAGGAGAGUGAGAUUUCGGAACAUUGUUUUGAUCUAAUUUUUGCUUUUGAUGAGAUUGUCGCACUGGGCUACAGGGAGAAUGUCAAUCUGGCCCAGAUUCGAACUUUCACUGAAAUGGAUUCGCACGAGGAGAAAGUUUUCCGUGCAGUCAGAGAGACCCAAAUUCAAGAAGCAAAUGCAGAGAUGAGAAGAAAGGCCAAAGAGCUGCAGCAGGCGAGACGGGACGCUGAACGCACCGGCAAAAAAGCACCAGGCUUCGGAGGUUUCGGAAGUUCUGGAAUGAGUGGCGUCAGCCCAGCAACCAUCAUCACAGACUCAAUGGUGGAACCAGAGAAGCCGCGACCAGCUCCCGCGCCAGUUAGGCCGAGUGGUUCAGGUAAAGCACUGAAGCUGGGUGCCAAAGGAAAGGAGAUUGAUAAUUUUGUAGACAAACUGAAGUCAGAGGGAGAAAAUAUCAUCACACCCAGUGCAGGACGGAAACCAUCAGAGGUCUCUAAAGUCCUUCAGCCUCCAGUGAACACUGAAAGUGUACAUCUGAAGAUUGAGGAGAAGAUAUCCCUAACCUGUGGACGGGACAGUGGACUACAGAACAUGGAGAUCUUAGGCGUUGUGGUGUUAAGAGUAGCAGAUGACAAAAACGGACGUAUCAGGUUGCACAUCAACAACAACGAUAAGAAAGGAGCGCAGAUGCAGACCCAUCCUAAUGUAGAUAAGAAACUAUUCACCGUGGAGAACUUGAUCGGCCUAAAGAACCCAGACAAAUCUUUCCCCCUGGACAGUGACGUAGGUGUGCUAAAGUGGAGGCUGCAGACCACGGACGAGUCUCUCAUUCCUUUAACCAUAAACUGCUGGCCCUCAGAAAGCGGUAACAGCUGUGAUGUCAACAUUGAAUAUGAGCUGCAGGUCGAUGGCCUCGAACUUAAUGAAGUGGUCAUUACCAUCCCAGUUCCGUCCGGAGUGGGCGCCCCAGUGGUCGGAGAUCUCGAUGGGGAGUAUCGCCACGACAGCAGGAAAAACAUCCUGGAAUGGUGCCUACCUGUCAUUGAUGAGAAGAACAAGAGUGGAAGUCUAGAGUUCAGCAUAGCUGGAAGACCUAACGACUUCUUCCCCGUGAACGUCUCGUUUGUGUCGAAACGCAACUAUUGCGACAUUCAGGUGGCCAAAGUGACCUACGUAGACGGGGACAGUCCAGUCAAAUUCUCCACUGAGACUUCCUUUGUUGUCGACAAGUAUGAGAUACUCUAAAGACUUUUGAGCGAAUUAUUUUUCUAGCCUGCCUGCCUACCCGCGUAACAGUUUGGAUACAGUACACCAGACUGUCCAAGCCUCAUCGAAGGGGUGCAGUAUUGGUGUAUUUAUGUUUGUAUGGCACAAAAUAUAUAUGUUUAUACAGAAUGAAUCUAAAAGUAAAACGAACCACGUCUUCUAUGAAUUCAGUUCAACUUGGAGCUUUUGGUUUUAAUUUUAAAGCCACUCGGAAAUUCACAGCCUGUAUUACUAAUGAUUGUGAAUCUGACUGGACCUUUAGGAGGCUUCAUAAUGCUUUAAUUAAAUAAUAGUAGGAACCAGA